ACUGUUAGACACACAACUGAGUUACUACAGCAGAGUAUCUUGAUAUCUUCACUCUCAUUACUCUGCACAACAUACUGACUCAGAAUGAUGAAGUUCAGCACAUCUGCCUUCAUGCUUCUGAUCUGCACAGCUGCACUGCUGUCCACAACAGAGGGAGCUAAACAAAUCCAGCUACGCUGUGAGUGUAUUAAAACACAUUCAGACCCAAUCCCAUUCAAACUAAUACAGUCACUGAGGGUGAAUGAAGCUGGACCACACUGCAAAAAUGAGGAGAUCAUUGCCACAAUGAAGAAAGGAACGACAUGUCUUAAUCCUGCAAAAGACUGGGUGAUUUCUCUCAGGGAAAAAUUCAACAAGAAGAAUGUCAAGAGUCAACAGUGAAUGAAUAUCACUGUUCAAAGAGCAACUGAAGAAACUGGUUCAACUAUCAUGUAAUAUAGGAUUUUUUUUUAUUUUAUUUUGUCAUCUCUCUGUGAAAAAUGAAGUAUUGAAUGUGAAAAUAUCAUAUUUUUGUACUAUGAGUUUUGAAAAUGUACAUCUUAUUUGUGAAAAUAGUACCAAAGCAAUUCUGACCAUGUGUGUAUAUAAUAUCAACAGCUAAACUGUUUGUACAAUGUUAUAAUUCAUUAGAAAAAAAAAUGUUUCUGAAUUGAGAAUUCACACAGUAAAAUUGAUCAGAAGCUUUGUUUUGUGCCCAUUGACCCAUUUUUGUGUUGUUUUAAGGUUUGUUUCAAGAUUACAGUCCGGUUGUAAGAUCCAAACAUGGCCCAUUAUAAGAUUUCUAACAGAGUCAGUCACUUUUAGAUUUUUCAUCUGUUUGCAUUUGAUAGAAUUACAGAGUCCAAGUGCCGAAGAGGUUCCACUUCUAAGCGUGUGUUGCUUGGUGUGAGGAACAUAUCCGGAUUCAAACCGCAUUCAUUGGCGAUAUUUAUCUCCUUUCUCUGUGGCUAUAGUAACUAUUUAAAGUGUGCCGUUAAGAAGUUUUACAACAAGUUUUAUGGCAGCGACAUCAAACAUUCAUUGGCUCUCGUUGGUUUUGUCAUAGAUUGCGAUGUUUCAUAUAUGAUCAUAGGUGCCGUGUUUCCGGUGAUGCAUGUUUUGAAUGAGAAACGCGCACCUUGACGGAGUGGAUCGGGAUAGUAUUUUCAGCAUUUAACAACUUAAAUUAUGCCCUGAUCAUCACACUAAUAUUAUAUUCUGCCAAAGUGGACUGCAAAUGCAAUGCAUCGUCAUUUGGACUACUGUGAUACUGCUCUGUCACAUCUGUAAUAAAUUGUUAUGAUGAAGUUA